GUCAAAAAUACAAAUAUGAUACGUCAAAGUCAAAAUUAAUUAAAUGGUUCGCCAAAAGCUGAUGGUGGAGACGUGUAUAUUUUGAAAUGUUAACAUAUUUUCAAGAUAAGAAAGAUGGCACUUCCAGGGAACGGGAUUUUUGUCGUCAAAGGAGAAAUCUCCAACAUGAUGGCGGCUAUGAAACGGGGUACAAGGUGGUCGUCUCACUCUUAUCAGGACGAUGAUGUAGAUUCCUUACUAAGAAACUUUCAAGAACUAAGAGAUAUUUUAGACAAUGUAGACGACUUAAGAUUCGUAGAACCUAACACAUUCUUAGCCCCCUUUUUAAAUGUCAUAAGGUCCGAAGAAACUACUGGGCCCGUGACUAGUCUCGCCCUAUCAGCUGUUAAUAAGUUCUUAUCCUAUGGAUUAUUGGAUCCCUUGCACACAUCUAUCCCUCAAACCAUCCACAGCAUAGCAGAUGCAGUCACCCAUGCCCGUUUCGUUGGAACAGACCAGUCGUCAGAUGGAGUAGUUCUCAUAAGAAUAUUGCAAGUCCUAAGAACUCUGACAUUGUCUCCAGAAGGCACUGCCUUAACUAAUGAAAGCCUCUGUGAGAUAAUGCUGUCAUGUUUUCGAAUAUGCUUUGAAACGAGGCUUGUCGACCUCUUGAGAAAAACUGCCGAACACUAUUUAAAGGAAAUGGUGCAAUUAAUUUUUAUGAGGUUGCCGCAGUUUAGUGAGGAUCUCAAAGUUUCUUACAUUAAACAGUUAAAGAUGAAACCUGGAGCUUUAGAUCAAACACGUACUAAGAGGAAAAAGCAGUAUUCUUCACUUAAAAAAGAUAAGAAUGACACUGACAUUAAGUCUCCCCAAACCCCACAAGGCAAUCUUGCAACAGUAGCACAAAGUAGUAUAGUAGAUAUGCAAGGUUCCUUGCAAAAUCCUGAAAACGCUAACCCUGUAACUCCAAAUGCUAGUCCAAAAGAAAAUUUCAAGUGUGAUGUAGAUAUCAUUGUUGACAGUCCUGUUAGUAAUAAUGAAGAUUUAAAAAAUAUCGAUUCUAUAUCGUCUGGUGUAGACGAAGCAGUAACAGAACCUAAAUCACUUACUGAAGAAGAAAUUACAGAAGAACAGAGUCAGACCACUCAAGAUUAUAUCAAUCAAAGAGGCAUAAGGUUUACUCCACAAUUGCAGCAAGAAGCUAACUUGUCGCCCUAUGGUUUAGCAUGUGUAAGAGAAUUACUGAGAUUUUUAAUAAGCCUUUGUAACCCUCUUGAUAAACAAAAUACAGAAAUCAUGAUCCAUCUGGGUUUGACUCUUUUAACAGUUGCAUUUGAAAUAAGUGCGGAUAAUAUUGGUAAAUAUAACACUCUAUUAGCUUUAGUAAAGGAUGAUUUAUGCAGAAAUCUAUUUUCUCUUAUGACUACCGAAAGACUAGCAAUAUUUUCAUUGGAUUUACAAGUGUCUUUUUUAUUGUUUGAAUCAUUGAGGACACAUCUUAAAUAUCAAUUAGAACAUUAUCUAAAGAAAUUAAUAGAUAUCAUUCUCAGCGAUUCUCCUAAAGUAACCUACGAACACAAGGAAAUAGCAUUAGAUAAUCUACUUCAGUUAUGGCGAAUACCAGGGUUUCAUACUGAACUAUAUGUUAAUUACGAUUGCGAUAUGUACUGUGCGAAUCUGUACGAAGAAUUAACUAAAUUGUUAGCUAAACAUUCAAUAUCUUCGACUACUGGAGUGUACCAUACCCAUUUGUUAUCUUUGGAUGCACUCAUGAUAAUCACUGAAGGCAUUGAAAACCGGUGUUGUGAAGAAAAAGAUAGAUUAGAUGCAGGAAAUAGCGAAUUGGUUCAGCAAUCAAAUGACAUUAGCUUCUAUAUCGGAAAAAAUUCUAGGACUAAAAUUUCUCCAAUCAUGCCAAAGAAGGAGGAAUUAGCUCAAAAGAAAAGUAUUAAGAAGUGGCUACCGCAAGGUACCGAAUACUUCAACAAAAAGCCAAAAAAGGGUAUAGAAUUUCUUCAAGAACACGGAGUACUAAAACAGGAUAUUGAUUUGGAUGAGAUUGCUAGAUUUUUAAGAGAAAAUCCAGUUCUGAACAAGGCUAUGAUUGGUGAAUAUAUAAGUAAUCGAAGUAAUUUGAAAAUUCUGCAAUCUUUUGUUGAUACUUUUAAUUUUACCGGGGUGCGUAUCGAUGAAGCUUUGAGAGCUUUCCUAGAGACUUUUAGGUUACCAGGUGAGGCACCCACAAUCUCCCUGAUCUUAGAACAUUUCGCCGAAACGUGGCACAAGGCCAACAACGAACCAUUUGCAGAUGUGGAUUCGGCCUUCACUUUAGCCUAUGCGAUAAUUAUGCUCAACGUUGACCAACAUAACGAAAAUGCCAAAAAACAAACGACCCCCAUGUCGGCUAAUGCUUUCAAGAAAAAUUUGAAAGGCGUUAACGGAGGUAAUGACUUUGACGAAGAAAUGUUAGAUGAUAUAUAUACAACAAUAAAAAACGAAGAAAUAGUUAUGCCAGCCGAACAAGCCGGGUUAGUUAGGGAAAAUUAUUUCUGGAAGAUCCUGUUGAGGAAGGGACAGACAAAAGAUGGCUUGUACAUACAUGAUAAUAGUGGUACUUACGAUUCUGAGCUUUUCCAGAUUGUGUAUGGACCUAUAGUAGCAGCUCUGUCUUCUGUUUACGAGAAGGCUGAAAACGAAAGUGUACAUAAGAAGGUCAUGCAAGGAUUCGAAAGAUGCGCCUUUAUCGCUGCAAAUCUCAAUAUGUCGACAAAUUUGGAUAUGCUCAUUCUCGGCAUUUGUAAAUUUACUGUGUUUUACAACCAACAGAAACAGAAUAACAUUGUGGUGCAAUUUGGAAUGAACAGCAAGGCGCAGUUGGCCCUUAGGACGGUAUUUUCCCUAAUUCAUCAACACGGAAACACCAUGAGGGAUGGAUGGAAACACUUAUUUGAUCUCUUGUUAGCACUCUACAGCAACGGACUGUUGUCAAAAACGUUUGUAGAGGUAGAAGACUUUAUUGAACCAAGUGGCAAAUUAAUUCUAGUCUACAAGGAAGCACCGUCUGCGGCGAAGCAGGAUACCGGUUUACUAAGUUCUCUUUACUCAUACAUGGUUUCCGCAGAAAAUUUAUCAAAAAUACCCACCCCAGAAGAGCAAAACUGUAUAGAUGCUGCUAAAGAAUGUAUAAAAGACUGUAAUUUAGAGCAAAUGAUAACAGACUCCAAGUUUCUCCACGAAGAAGCUUUAUUUGAACUCGUAAAAACUUUAAUAGAAUUAUCUAGAGGUCCGGAUGUACACGAAAGUGUGGCUUAUGACUACAAUGAUAACGUUACCGUGUUCUUUUUGGAGUUAUUGAUCAAAGUUGUUAUACAAAAUAGAGAUAGAGUGAUGACCGUGUGGCAAAAUGUACGGGAUCAUAUAUACACUUUAGUUAUGAAUGCAUCUGUUUUCGAUUUCCAGUUCUUGUUGGAGAGAUCUGUUAUUGGGCUAUUGCGUAUUGCAAUCCGUCUGAUGAGAAAUGAAGAAAUGAGUCAUAUAGUUCUUCAGUCUUUAAGAAUGCUACUGCUUUUAAAAAGCAGUACCCUUUCUAGGAUAUCACGGCAAAUAUCAUUUGGUUUAUAUGAGCUUCUGAAAACGUCCGCACAGAACAUUCACACCAACACCGACUGGACAAUUAUUUUCACGCUUUUGGAAUGUGUUGGAGCAGGAGCUCAACCACCUAAGCCUGUUAGUUCAGCCGAAGAAACAGAAUUGAAAAAUAAAUCUGAUGGUGAAACUUCCGAUAACCACGAGGAAGAAGGCACGCUUUCAGAUUCAGAAGGAAGAAAGAGUCCGAAAGAUAAUACCCAGAGAUCACAAAGUCCUGUGAGUGUCGUAACUUCGCCUGUUGGAACUCCAAAUACAGGUGGAUGGAUUUUGGUCGGCAACGAAGGUGAGAUUCAACCCGUUAUGGGCCGCACCGUCCCUCCAACCCAAUACGGCCUAGCUUUAGAGAAGAACCUUGGAAGCCAUGACCCCAGAAGUAUGAUGAAGUGCUGCGAAAGUCUUGCGUUUCUAGUACGAGAUGUCGCCCACAUUACUCCUUACAAUUUUGACGUUUGUGUUCAUUGCAUAAGGACUUUUGUAGAAGCUAGCUUACACGGUUCUAAUUUCAAAAGAUUGCGAGAUUCUAGGUCUAGGAAAAAAACUUUGGAUAGGUCUAGAAGUAGAAAAAGUCCAACGAGUAGUCCCGAUGAGGAAGAUAGUGACGACGAAAACAUUCCAAGUGGUUAUCACCAAAUAUCAAUACAGUUGUUAGAUUUAAUGCAUACUUUACAUACGCGAACGGCUCAGAUAUUCAAAUGGUGGGCUGAAGAAGGUGGGGAAAUAUCGCAAGAAACUUCUCUUUGGACGCAAGGCUGGUGCCCUCUUUUGCAAGGUAUAGCAAGACUGUGCUGUGAUACGAGAAGGCCUGUAAGAAUGAGUGCUAUAACGUACCUGCAGAGAGCGCUGUUAGUCCAUGAUUUACAAACUUUGAGUGGGUCAGAAUGGGAGCAAUGUUUCCAAAGAGUACUAUUUCCUUUACUUAGUUACCUGUUACAGUCAAUAAGUCCUAAAGAUGCCAUAUCCAUGGAAGAAACUAGGAUAAGGGUAGCAACUGUGUUGUCUAAAGUGUUUCUACAUCACUUGACUCCUCUAUUAGCACUUCCCAGUUUCUUUAAUCUUUGGUUAGUGGUUUUAGACUUUAUGGAUAAAUAUAUGCAUGCAGAUAAAAGUGAACUUCUUUACGAAGCCAUUCCAGAAAGUUUAAAAAAUAUGCUUUUGGUGAUGGAUUCUGCUAAAGUUUUUGACGGUCCCGAUGGAAAGAACAUUUUGUGGAAUGCUACUUGGGAAAGGAUAGGGAAAUUUCUACCUAACAUGAAAGACGACUUAUUUAAGGAAAUAGAAGACCAAAAUAGGAAAAACGAAGAAGUUAGUAACAUAGAGAUAAUAGUGAAUAAAGAAGAGAAAGAUGUAAAUACAGAGAAAUUGACUACUAACGAUAACCUUAUUACGUGUUAGUGUGUAAUUGUGAGAUAUAAUGUAUUAGGUGUAAAUCCUUAGUUGUAAUAUAUCAUUUAUAUAUCUCC